AUGUCUGCUUCAGCAGCAGAGCCGGAAAUGGGGGAGUGUCAAGGUGGGGCUCCUGGCCAAAUGGAAGACAUUGAAAAGCUACCACAGGAUUCUCCUUCGGCUGGAAGAGAGGAGCCAACAUCGAUAUUUAGAAACCUGGGUAUUCUAGACAGAUAUUUGGCCCUAUGGAUCUUUCUAGCGAUGGCAAUCGGGAUAAUACUCGGAAAUUUUGUUGAUAACAUAGGACGUUCUUUACAGAAGGGUGCCCUUGUGGGGGUUUCGGUGCCGAUUUUGCGCUUCGAGUCUUUGCAUCAAGUAUUCAGAACUCGUGAGAUAUGGAUUCAAAUGGCUUUUAGCAUAUUCAUAAACUGGAUAAUUGCUCCGUUCCUCAUGUGUGUAUGUCUGCUGACUGCCCUCGCUCAGGUUCUCAUUUGGACGGGCCUUGCAGGAGGGGACAAUGAAUAUUGUGCGAUAUUAGUCGCCAUCAACUCAUUAUUGCAGAUGGUACUCUUUGCUCCCCUUGCGCUAUUAUUCAUCAAAAUAAUUAGCCAUUCAGAGGGCACAAUCCCGCUGUCCUAUCCAGUUGUCGCAAAGAGCGUUGCUGUGUUUUUAGGAAUACCCCUCGGUGCUGCCAUAGUCACCCGAUUUACACUGCGGAAGACUGCUGGGCCUGUCUGGUACGAUAAUACAUUCAUCAAGUGGCUUAGUCCUUGGUCCUUGAUUGGCCUGCUGUUCAUCAUUCUGGCACUUUUCGCUUCCCAGGGAAAGCAGGUUGUUGACCAAAUUGUAUCCGUGGUUCGGGUUGCUGCACCUCUUCUGGUAUAUUUCGUCAUUGUUUUUUUCAGCACGUUAUAUAUCACUUAUCGGCUGGGCUUUGGAUAUCGAUUGUCAACAACGCAGAGUUUUACUGCGGCGAGUAAUAACUUUGAGCUGGCUAUCGCUGUUGCAAUUGCAACAUUUGGUGCUGAUAGUAGCCAAGCGCUGGCAUCCACCGUUGGUCCGUUGAUAGAAGUCCCUGUGCUGCUAGGUCUGGUUUAUGUUGCGCGAUUUGUCGCGAAAAGGGUAAAUUGGAAACCCUAG